GAAGCUGACAGCUCUUUUCUAACUAACACAGAUACUUACAAAAGCCAGGGAUUUGGGGACAAGAUAUGCAGAAUAUUCAAGAUAUUCAUCACAGUAGUCGUGAUUGCAGGACUAGCACUUAUGCUAACAUUCUUAGCCAAUGAUCAGAGUAGAAUGGACGACUUAAAUAAAAAUGUUCAGACCCAAACCAGUUCUUUAAAGGGCAAAGACGAUUCACUGGAAACACUCACUGAAUAUCAACGACAAGAACUUGAAAAAACAAGCGUAAUUAUAAAUAUUACCGAUAUGUUUCUAGUGGCGAAUUCAAAUUUGUCAGCAACCGUCCUUUCAUUAUCAAAUAAAACAAAAAAUUCUUUGAAAGAAAUUGGAGAAGUGAUAGGAACAAUGUUACAUCGAACAAAUUCUUCAAUCAAUGAAAUAGAAAACAUGGUGGAAACAUCAUUUAGCCAAUUACAGACUUCUUCGGAGGACAUUGCAAAAACUGUGAAAGCUUUAUCUAACCAUACUGAAACGUCGAAUUCACAUGUGAAGGACUUAAUAAAAGAACAAUCCAAUCAAACCAAAACACAUCUAGAAAACAUGAUGAAAGAAUUAUUCAGAGAUUUUGAAAACAAUUUGAUAGCAGUCAUUGAAUCAAGAAUCGGAGGUUUAAAUAACAGUUUAAACGUCACUACCGGGGAAUGUGUAGACAGCUGCUGGGGAGUCGCUGAUGGGGAUUACCAGUCAUGCGUCACUUGUCAUGGUUACGUUACGUGCUCAAACAAUUUUAUCUAUCAUAGAACGUGUCCCGCUAAUCUUAUUUGGGAUGAUAGCAGAGAACAAUGUGACAGCCAAAGUAAAACAUGCAAACCAUCUGACUUCAAAUAAUACAAUUGAUUAUCAUAUUCUAUCAAAGCACUUAAAUUAAAAAGUUGCUGCUUUCUAUCGGAAGAAUUCAGUAAUCAAUUAAGAAAAAGACAUCAAUGAUACUGUUAUGUUUCCCAUUUUUUUAAAUUCAGUUUUUAACUUUUCAAACAACCAC